UAUUUCUUUAUUGCAUAGCAUUCGUAUUUAAAAACUUCUUCGAUCAAAAUAUUCUCAGUUCAAGUGUGCAUUUUGACGAGAUAGCAAUGCUGAUGCUGAGUGAAGUGUUCCGUGCAAAAUCUCUGUUUUUUGCUUUCUUUGUUACCAUAUUAGUACCACAUUCACUGCAGAUCAUUGUGGAAUGUGAAUAUAGAACUUCACACGGAUGGAAAUUACUUGAAAACCAAGAUCCUGCCAACGAUCCGUAUGGUUGCUACAUGAAAAACACUUUAAAUGUUAACAGCAAAACGUCUGUAACCCGUUCGACGGGACAGCAUGAUCACCAUAAAGAUGAAAGUGAUGUUGCUGCUCUUAGCAUUUAUAAAUCAGUCUGCGAAAUUAUUCCGUCUGGUUUCAAUUCUGUGUUCCCAAAUGUUGAAUUUUUCGCGAUUGGGGCUUCGAAGUUGAAGACUGUGAGCAGUGCAGAUCUGCAGCAAUUUAAAAAAUUGCGAGAAAUUUGGCUAUACUCCAACGACCUCGAAUAUUUGGAAUCGAAUCUUUUCGAAUACACUCCACACGUCGAAUACAUCAAUUUCAACAGAAACAAAAUCAAAUUCAUCGGUGGCAAUUUCUUUGGAAAUUUACCGAAUUUGCAGAAAGCGUCAUUUCACGACAAUGUGUGUACAUCGAGAGAAGCCUAUGACGCCGCUUCGCUGAAGAAAAUCAAAGCUGAAACAACCCAAAGCUGUUCCUUGUCGGGGGUAGGAGAAAAUAUCGGUGAUGUAGCUAAAACAAUUGGUUGGGACGAUUUCGCUGUAGUGUUCAACAAAACAUAUAGUGAUGAAACAGAGAAAACUUAUCGCCAGGAACGAUUUCUAGAGAAUCAACAGAUCAUUAGAACACACAACAGUUUAUACGACAAGGGCGAUGUAACAUACUCGUUAGCAUUUAAUAGAUUUGGCGAUUGGACACACGCGGAAUAUCUUGCAAUUUUGGGAAACUUUCCAGCAGAAGCCACAGAGGUCGAAAUUGCCGAAGUCUCCCAAUAUACAAAGAAAACAGAUUCGGGACAUUCAUGGUUAGGAAUUGGUUCGCCAUCUAAAAUUGAUGUACUUAAAUCAUUGGUAGGCAAGCGAUCAAUAGAUGCUAAUUUAAAAGAUUGGCGUAGAGAUGGUGCAGUCACCCCAGUUAAGGAUCAAAAAGAAUGCCAAUCCUGUUGGGCUUUUGCCGCUGUUGGAGCACUAGAAGGAUAUUUUUUCGGUAAAACUGGGAAGCUCAUUUCUUUUUCGGAACAACAAUUAGUUGAUUGCUCCAGAAAAAACGAUAAGAACCACGGAUGUGACAAGAGUUUUACAGAUAAGGCUUUCCUCCACACUAUACAACAUGGUAUUGUUUCCGACAGCGAAUAUCCUUACGUUGGCAGGGAGCAUGACUGCCACGCAACAGAGGGUCCAUUUAAAAUCACAAACAUAGUUAAGAUAGAUGAUGGAGACGAAGAACAGCUAAACGAAGCUGUUAAAAAUGUGGGACCUGUAGCGGUCGGAAUAGAUGCUAGUAGUGAGACGUUUAUGCAUUACCACGAUGGCGUUUACUAUAACGAAGAAUGUGGUUCCGAAGAGGACAGUAUUAACCACUCUAUUUUGGUCAUUGGUUAUGGGUAUGACGAAAAGACGCAGAUGGAUUACUGGCUCAUCAAAAAUUCAUUCGGCGCAAUUUGGGGCGAAGAAGGAUAUGGCAAAAUUGCUAGAAAUAGGGACAAUCAUUGUGGCAUAGCAUCUCAAGCCAUAUAUCCUCUUUGAAAGCUUUAUUGAGAUAGAUGAGUGAGAUUUAUUCAAUCACGUAAAUGAUAAGAAAAUUAACGAAUUACAAAUUAAAUAUUUCAUCCAACGCUUUUCCAUCCGGGAAUGUUCCCAUAAC